UGCAGCUGCAGUGUCGUCACGUGUGAGUAUAUAAGCCAAGUUUUCCCGGUGAAUCUUCUCAGUUGCUCUCUAGUCUUCAACAUGAAAACACACUGGUUGAUAUGUUCUGUGCUGCUUGGUAGUGGGUUUGCGGAUUUUGUAGGACACUCCCGUGGGCAGGAAGCUCGUUCAGGUCGUCAGGAAACGGCUAUACAGGGCGGAAUUGAUUUUUCUGGGUGUGUUCAGGACUCUGAAACAGGACUUUGUUGUGUGGAGAAGGAAGAGACAGUGACCAGCCUGGAGAAGGAGCCUAUUCUAGAGUGUACACACAAGAACGUGGAGCAAUGUCAUUACAGUUACGUCACCCAGUUCACACCAUCUCAGGAGGAGGUGUGCGAAGAGAAUUUCGAGAAAACCUGUCAGAUUACCUUUAAACAACAGGCCUUUAACGAGACUGUAAAGAAGUGCUACAAGCCUGUCACAAAGGUUUGUAAUGGACAGGGUCCCGAGGAAUGUAGAACAGUUUAUGAGUCUGCCUGUACAACAAAGUAUGUUGAGAAGCAACCCGGUAAGUUUGUUGGAGACACUAGCUGUGAGAAGCUUCCUGUUGAGAUCUGUGGUGCAGGAUGCACAUUUGAAGAAGGAGAUGAGGAGUGCCACGACAAGGUAAUUACCUCUUUGGUUGAUGUACCCGAAGAAGUGUGUGACCUCAACCCUCAGAAAGUUUGUAAGUUUAUUACCAAGCUUGUUCCAAAACUCAAACCUGAACACCAAUGCACCCUUGUUCCCAAGGAAACUUGCACUCUAAAGUUUACUCAGCCUAAGCAGAUUCCCAAACCUCUUCUGACAAAAUGGUGUCUGGACCCCACUCCUGCUGCACCCGGAGAUUCUUACGAUGAGUCCCAGGCGGAUGCUCCCGUUAUAAGCACUGCAUCAGAAACCUUAUCCCAACCCUCUGAACAGCAACCAAUUUAUGAGGCUGAACCUGUAAUCAAACCAGAUGUUGGCUAUUUAUCCCCAGGUUCCCCUCGUCAGGGAAGGAAUCAGGAUUUCCAGGGAGAUCUUCCAUUCAAUUCGCCCUUCAUUCCUCAACAGCAGCAGUUCAGACAAAACAGUUUCAGCACUCAAUUCUAAUUAGAUGUCAUCAUUGCAGAAAACUUUGAAAACCCAGUUCAAAACUCUCUAUUUAUUUAUUUAUUUAUCUAGUCAACUCAGUAUUACUUACUGUGUUAUUUACACAAACUUAUUUAUCAAUUUAAUAAAUGGUGUAUCUUUUA